AUGAGCCAAUCUGUAGCAGCUGCGGACGCACUUCGCCAGUGCUUGUCCGAGCUCAUACCCUCCUUGCUCGCGACACUUUCCGACUUGCGGCGGGCGAAUUCUCAGCAGCAUCUUCUUCCAUUCACUCAGGUCCGCGAUGCCCUCAAGCCGAUAGCGGACACGCAAGAUGUCAGAGAAGCUUUCGGUAUAGUCAGCAAUCUUUCGACGGCAGACAAAGAUAGCCUGGAAGUACGACUGCGCAAUCUUUGCUUGGAGCUCAGCAACAACGAGCUCCGCAAAGUUGUCCUCGACGAUUCAUCAGGCUUGCGAGCAACCCCAGGGGACAACAUCGACGAUGGAACCCUUCAGAGCCAGCUUGCAUCCUCAUUUGAUCGACUCGACGUCAGCCUCGUCCUCUCGCUCCUCGAUCUCAUUGACCCGCUCUUGCCUCUGUCUUUGAUCGAAGAGCUGAUCGAGGCGCAGCCCAUUCCGACCUGCUCACGGAUCUUUGGGUAUACAGAGUCGCGAGUCAAGCCUCUCACCAUUGGGCUCCACCCAGGCAGGGGGAAAGGCCCUGUUCUGCUUCGAACAUGCAACGAGCUCCUCAAGAGACUGUCCAAGCCUUCGCAAGAAGACACGGUCUUUGCCGGUCGUAUUCUCAGUCUGCUCGCCAAGGUGUUCCCUCUCGGCGAGAGGAGCGGUGUCAACCUGCGCGGCGACUUCAAUGUCGAGAACAAAACGCACAUCGAGGAAAGGACGGAGGACGCCGAAGACGAGGUCGGCGACGGCGCUGACGCUGAUGAGAGGGACCAGAUCUUCAAGGUCGACUACGACUUCUACGAGCUCUUCUGGAAGGUGCAGCGCUUCUUUGCCAAUCCACCUCUCCUCAUGGGCGCACAGGAUUCAUCACGACCGUCAACGAGGAGUGCUACACCUGUCGAAGCUGGAGAGGCAGAUCGUCUCGACUCGGACGACGAUCCAGCUCCCGACGGAGCCAAGGGCGCGAUGGCCGAGCUGAGAAUCAGCACGGCAAAGAUCCUCAAGCUGUUUGGCGCCGUGACAAAACGCGAGAAGGAGCUCGCAGGUGCAGCAAGCGCUGAGGAGGCCAAACUCAGCGGUAACACGGGCACAGCGUCGCAAACAGCGUCCGGAAGCGUCACGCCAUCGUCCAGCAAGAGGCGACUCGAGAACGGCACGACAAACACCGGCUACAUCGCAGGCAGGUUGAUAGGCAACAAGGACGACGGACCUGCUUCUAAGAGACUGCGACCUGACAUUUUGGACGGUGUCAGAACAAAUGGUACCGACGCAGACGAAGAUAUGGAAGAGACAACAGGCUCAGCAGAAGCAGAGGCGGCGGCCACCGAAAGCGGCCACUUCUUCCCUACAUACCUCACGGGACGCAAGCUGUUCGAGUACGAGAUCCGCGACACAUCCUUUCGCAAGCACAUCCUGGUGCAGUACUUUGUCCUGUUUCAGUAUCUCCUCUCCUUCACACCAACGGCCAAGGAGAGCUGGAAGGAGUGGAAGAACAAGGCCCUGCAAGCGCUCUUCACCCUCGAGGAUGCGGACGAGCGCUGGAUUCGAUCCACAUGGAGGGAGAUCCAGGCACUGAUCCGCGAGAUUCAGCCGGAUGGACGGCUGUUCCUCGAAUCGGUGCUGGAGGUGCUCAAGCGCGAAACCAACUGGAUUCGAUGGAAGACGGAAUCUUGUCCCUCGAUCGAGAAGCCGCCGCUGUCGCCGGAGCAGAUUGCCCAAUUCGCGUCAGCUCGAGCCUCGCUGCUGCGCAAACCCGAACCGUAUCCGCACAAGCUCGGCACAGCAGCCCUCUCAGAGCUGUGGCAAGAUGGACUGAAACCACCGGUCCCAGGUACAAGACGAGAGGAGAACGAGAUGGGCGAGUACGUCACCGUUCCGACCGACGGACUGGAGGAGCUCGAGAUCUUUCCUGCCGUGCCCAGCUUGGAGCACUACAACAAGUCGAUUCAACGCGAAAAGAUGAAGCUCGACAUGCGAAAGAAGCAGCUCGGCAUCGAUUCGACGCUACCAGAGGCAAAGCUCGGCAAUGACGAGCGGAACAAGCUGGACAAUGAUGAGCGGGCACAGGCGAUCAUCGAGACGAUGCAGAGCCUGGCAUGGAGGGCGUUACGGGUUGCCAGUCGGGACAACUUGCACCUAUUUGGCAGGCUUAGUCGACCCGAGGAUAUCGAGGGAUUGCUGAAGGUGAUGGAGGAGGAGCGCAACCCACAGCCGAAGCCAAAGGCAGUGCCUGUGCCGGCACCGCCCACGGCCGACGAGAGUGCCGCAAAGAGCGAGGAAGGGGCUGGAAGGGCUGCAGAUGGUGGUUCUCAACAAGCCGCUACUGAGGCAGCAGACGCUGAUGCACCACAAGCUACACUCGAAAGCGUACAGGAUGGAGCGCCAGCGACCGCCAUUCCUGCGCAGGCAGAGCCGGACACUCAGGCUACCGAGGAAACAACAAAAGCAGGCGACAGCCAGGCAGCCAAAGAUGCCUCUGACAUCCCGAUUGCGAUCCCUGCCGUGCCAACAGCGGAGGCAUCACAGCCAGAAGACGGGGUCACCCUAACGGAGGCGGCAGCAGGAGGAUCAGACGUUAUGGAAGAAGGGCAAGCAGCAGAAGCCGAUCCCACUUCAGGGCCGGAGACAUCUGCAGUUCAGGAACAAGACGUGGAGAUGUCGGAAGCUACGUCCUAG